AGACACUAUCCUGCAAAUGAGUCAUUAUAAAGGCAGGUAAGCAGCAGCAAUUGGAUCAAAGAGCUGAGAGCAAAGCAGAGCACAGCAGCCUGCAUAAUGACCGGACACCACUGCUGGGGAUAUGGACAGGAUGAUGGGCCUUCUGAGUGGUACAAAUCAUAUCCCAUUGCCCAGGGGCAUCGUCAGUCACCUGUUGAUAUAGUCUCCACGCAAGCCGUUUAUGAUCCUAGUCUGAAGCCUCUUAUUAUCUCAUAUGAAUCGUGUACAUCUUUUGAUAUCUCCAACAAUGGCCACUCAGUCACAGUGGACUUUGAAGAUGCUGAUGACAAGACAGUGAUCAAUGGGGGCCCCCUUGAAGGUCCCUAUAGGCUAAAGCAGUUUCAUUUUCAUUGGGGAAUGAAGCACAGCCAGGGAUCAGAGCAUACAGUUGACAACAAAUCUUUUCCUUCUGAGCUCCACUUGGUUCAUUGGAAUGCCAGGAAAUAUGCAACAUUUGGAGAAGCAGCAGCAGCUCCAGAUGGCUUGGCGGUAGUUGGUAUUUUCUUGGAGACUGGAGAAGAACAUGCCAAUAUGAACAGACUAACUGAUGCCUUGUACAUGGUAAAAUUUAAAGGGACAAAAGCUCAGUUCAGAACCUUCAACCCAAAAUGCCUCCUGCCCUCAAGUCUAAAUUACUGGACAUAUCCUGGUUCUCUAACAACACCUCCUCUAUAUGAGAGUGUAACGUGGAUAGUGCUGAAAGAGCCUGUCAGGAUUUCUGAGAAACAGCUGGAGAAAUUCCGAACUCUUCUCUUCACCAGCGAGGGAGUUGAAAGGAUCCAGAUGGUGAAUAAUUUUCGCCCCCCUCAACCUCUUAAGGGAAGAAUAAUUCGUGCUUCCUUCAAGGCCUAA